AUGGCAGGCCUAGCGAAGGCCAUGGCAGCCAUUCAACAGAUGGAAGCAAAAGCCACCUCGAACAAGAAGAACUUCCGGCUCAUAGCCGACCCGUGCAUCAGUGUCGAAUCCUUGAAGCGGCCACUCCGUAACUAUCUAGAGUUUCACAAGAGCAGCGACAUGUGGUCGCUGGUGUGUCCGCCACCUGGCGGACCCCUCACCUUUACGUGGCACACGCCACCGAACGGAAGUUGGCUUUCGAAGUGCAUUGGACUGCUGUACGACCUCCUAGAAGUAGCUCCAAAUUCGAAGCUUCAAUCUGUGAAGCUGCUUCGGGCCUUGAAGUCUCUUGUCGAGGACAAGACCAUGAGCAUCUGUACUCGCAAGAUGACAGAGUCUGAUGUCUUGGACCGGAUAGACCUCAGCAUUCGGCUGCUCCUCUCGCACCUCCGGCAGCUCAAGCAGAACCUCUCCUUGAAGCUAAAAGUUCUUCGUAUGUGCACAGACGACGAGAAGAUGAAGAAGAUCAAUCUCACGUUGGACAAGCUGGAGCUGCCGAUGGAGCUUCUUGUUGGUGAUGCGAAGCCCUUGUUGGAAGAAGGGGAAGCGGAUGGUGAAGAGGAAAACGCAAGCCCAGUCAGGCCAUGCACGACCAUGGUGGUGUAUGAGCCGCAGCCCGCCUUCGUCAGCCCAGUCACCUCUGCUCCUCCGCCCACCUCCCAGCCCACCUCCCAGCCCAUCGCCAAGCCCAUCUCCACACCCAGCUCGUCGGCGAGAGUUCCAUGGACUCUUCCCCAGUUGCCACAGAUUUUCGCCAAGAUCAACCAGGGCACUGGCAGGCAGGAUCACAAAAAAACUUCCGAGGACGAGUGUGUGGCAAAAGGCAAGGCCAAAGCAAAGGUCUUGAAACCCAAGGCCUGCAGUCCCAAGGCCAAGGCCGGCAGUUCCAAGUCCUGCAAGUCCAAGGCCAAAGCCAAGACUUGCAAGCCGAAGGCCAAAAGCUCCCAGCCCGACAUCGCGAAGCCUGGAGACUCCAAGACCCAAACCCAGGCCUCCAAGCCCGAAGCCUCGAAGACCUCCAAGAACGAGCUGGACAUCCUUGCAGCAGCCAUGAAUUUGGUGCCCGACGUUGCCUUGGCGAAGAAGAAGGCGAAGAACGAGAAGAAGCAGCCGAAGAUCGAAAAGAAGACCGACAAGAAAGAUGCAGUGACCAAGAAGAAUGUCCCAAAAAAAGAAGAGCCCAAGAAGCCCAAGGCUGAGAUGACAGAUGCGAAGAUGCCGAAGGCCAAGAAGUUGAAGAAGGAAGGCCCCGAGGUCGCAGCGAGCGAUGUGCCUUUCCCCAAGCUUCCCGUGAAUUAUGUGUUCGAAGCUACCACGUAUGGCGAGUGCAAAGUCGAGUUUUACAAGCAGAAGAGUUACAUCCGGAACUACGAUGCAAUGGGCAAGAAGAGAAGCAUCAUCAGCAGCUGCCACCCCAAGCACCACACCAUUUGUGAGCAGCUUGUGCCACAUGUAAAGGAAGGGAAAUCCUUGCUGGAGCUUUACCAGUGUAGGAUCGACAUUGUUUCGAAGUUGAAUGCCUGA